CUCAGUGAAUCGGCACGCGUAUGGUGUUUUGUUUAUAUUUCGUUUAAAAACAAUAAGUAAACAGUUCUAUUAAUAUUUCAUUGUGCGAGUAUUCAUAGUUCAAUAUGAUUUUACUGAUAUGGAGCGUCGUGCUAAUCGCAUUGCUGGCCCUGUAUUUCAAUCAGAUAUACUCCAGGUUCAGUAGCUAUGGAGUCAAGCAUUUCACUGUGGUUCCACUAUUAGGAAACAUGUUAAGUCUGGCUCUUCGGAAGAGAUUUUUCGCCGAAGAAAUGGAUCGACUGUAUAAACUCUACCCAAAAGAAAGGUUUGUUGGAAGAUAUGAAUUUAUGAGACCUGUUCUAGUUCUACAAGAUCUUGAAUUAAUUAAAACCAUUACCGUAAAAGAUUUCGAACACUUCACCGAUCAUCGACAAUUUAUCGAUGAGGAAGUUGAACCAUUGUUUGGUAGAAAUUUAUUCUCGUUAAGAGGUGAUGAAUGGAAAGAUAUGCGUUCAACUUUAAGUCCAGCGUUCACAAGUUCUAAAAUAAAACUGAUGGUACCUUUCAUGGAGGAAGUGGGCAAGCAAAUGAUUCGAGCAUUGAAGAAGCAAAUUCAAGAAUCUGAUUCCGGCUACGUCGAUGUGGAUGUCAAGGACUUGACAUCGCGUUAUGCAAACGAUGUAAUUGCUUCCUGCGCGUUUGGUCUAAAAGUCGAUUCGCAUACAGAAAAAGAAAAUCAGUUCUAUAAAAUGGGAAAAGAUAUUUCAUCGUUUACUUUAAAAAAGACUAUGAGUUUAUUUAUCAUUUCCAUUUUUCCUUAUUUUGCAAAGAAAAUUAACUUGAAGUUGUUCAAUAAUGUUACGAAGAACUUCUUCAUUGAUUUGGUAAUGAGGACAAUGAAAGAUAGAAGUAGCCGUAAUAUUUUGAGACCAGAUAUGAUUCACCUGCUAAUGCAAGCUAGGAGAGGUCAACUUACUCACGAUGAUAAAAAUACAAAUCACAAUCAAGAUACUGGCUUCUCUACCGUCGAAGAAUCAUCUUUGGGCAUGAAGAAAGUCGAUAGAAUAUGGUCUGACACCGAUCUUAUUGCCCAGGCAAUAUUAUUCUUCAUUGGUGGUUUUGAUACAAUAUCGACGGCGAUGACUUUCGCACUGUACGAACUGGCUCUUCAUCCAGAUAUCCAGGAUCGCCUAGUACAGGAGAUCAAGGAGCAUUAUCAAAAAAAUAACGGCAUACUGAAUAUUAAUUCCAUUCAGAAUAUGACGUAUAUGGACAUGGUGGUGUCAGAAACACUAAGACUGUGGCCACCGGUCGCGGCUUUGGAUAGAGCUUGUGUCAAAGACUAUAACAUGGGAAAACCUAACAACGAAGCAGUUAAGGAUUACAUUAUACGUCAAGGAGAACUCGUUUCGAUACCGACAUGGUCAUUUCUCCGCGAUGCGAACAUAUUUCCGAAUCCAGAGAAAUUCGAUCCUGAACGCUUCUCCUAUGAGAACAGACAAAAUAUCAACACCUUAGCUUAUAUGCCUUUUGGAUUAGGACCCAGAAAUUGUAUAGGUUCCAGGUUUGCUCUCUGUGAAGUGAAGGCUCUUCUUUAUGAGAUUCUUCUCCAUAUCGAAAUUUCACCAUCAGAAAAAACUUGUAUUCCUGCAAAACUUUCGUGUGACUCAUUCAACCUUGCAUUAGAAGGUGGUCACUGGUUAAAGUUUAAGAUACUUUUCACCGACCAACCAAUAUCAAAACCAACAAAUCACAUAAUAAUUGUACAAAUGAUAUAUAUUUUAAUAUGGAGCGCAGUGUUACUCGCUGUUCUGGCUCUAUACUUCCGGAAAACGUACUCCAGGUUUAAAGACUGUGGCGUGAAACAUAUUAAGGUGGUUCCCUUCUUUGGCAAUAUGACGAGAGUGGCUUUUCGGAUGGACCAUUUUACUGAAAACUUUGAUAAAACAUACAAAGCUUUUCCUAAAGAAAGGUUCGUUGGAAGAUAUGAGUUCACGAGGCCUACGAUAUUAAUACAUGACCUUGAGUUGGUUAAGAAGGUAACAGUUAAAGACUUCGAAUACUUCCUCGACCAUCGCGGAUUCACAGAUGAAAAAGUUGAGCCUCUGUUUGGACGAAAUCUCUUUUCAUUGAAAGGUCAGGAAUGGAAAGACAUGCGUUCAACUUUGAGCCCAGCGUUCACGAGCUCGAAGAUAAAAUUAAUGGUGCCCUUUAUGGAGGAAGUGGGUGAGCAAAUGAUAAGAACUUUGAAGAAGAAGAUCAAAGAAUCGGACGGCUUCAUCGAUGUGGAUUGCAAGGAUUUGACAUCACGCUUUGCUACUGAUGUGAUCGCGUCCUGUGCAUUUGGUCUAAAGGUCGACUCACAGACUGAAAUGAAAAAUAAGUUCUAUGAAAUGGGCAAAUCUGCUUCUACUUUCAAACUCCGACAAAUGUUGCUUUUCUUCACGUUGUCUGCUUGUCCAUUUCUUGUGAAGAUAUUUAAAAUAACGCUAUUUUCGAACGAAACUAAAGAUUUCUUUAUCGAUCUGGUGCUUAACACAAUGAAAGACAGAGAUGCCCGUAGCAUUAUCAGACCUGACAUGAUUCAUCUGCUCAUGGAAGCUAAAAAAGGUCGAUUGUCGCACGAAGAAAAAGGUAUCGAUGACAGUUACCAAGAUACUGGAUUUGCUACUGUUGAAGAAUCGUCCAUUGGCAAGAAAACUAUUGAUAGAGCGUGGUCUGAUAUCGAUCUCGUUGCCCAAGCUGUCUUGUUCUUCAUCGGAGGCUUCGAAACAGUAUCAACUACGAUGUCAUUUGCGUUGCGCGAAUUGGCCCUUCAUCCUGAGGUCCAAGAUCGACUCGCAAAAGAGAUCAGGGAACAUCAUGCCAAACAUGGCGGAAAAUUAAACUUUAAUUCCAUACAGAAUAUGACGUAUAUGGACAUGGUAAUUUCAGAAGUACUCAGACUUUGGCCACCGGCAGUAGCUUUAGAUAGGAUUUGUACGAAAGAUUACAAUAUGGGAAAACCUAAUGACAACGCUGAAAAAGAUUUUAUAAUGCGAAAAGGAGAAGUUCUUUGGAUUCCAAUGUGGUGUUUCCAUCAUGAUCCUAAAUACUUUCCUAAUCCUUAUAAAUUCGAUCCGGAACGUUUUUCAAACGAAAACAAGCAUAAGAUCAAUCCAAUGGCUUACAUGCCUUUCGGUCUUGGACCCAGGAACUGUAUUGGUUCGAGAUUUGCUCUAUGUGAAAUAAAGGCCCUGUUAUAUCAAAUUCUUCUGCAUGUUGAAAUAUAUCCAUCAGAAAAGACCGUCUUCUCUGGAAAGUGUGCUACUGAUUCCUUCAACAUAAGACUCGCUGGCGGCUAUUGGUUUAGAUUUAAAAUUCGUAAAUGAGAUUUUAUGACACCAUCGACGUAUAUUAUUAUUAAAAUGUUUACUUUAAAUUGCUUUUAUUAAUAUUUACAUCAGAAUUCCAAACGAAUUCAUCAACAACCCAGGCCCAACCUUAACCAUACCAGAAUAAUAAAUAGUAUAUAUUAUUGCUACGGUCAGAAUCAGUUUGACAAAUGUCGAAGGUUUAGCGAAAUGUCAUGUUGUCUCCUAAGAGCAUAAUUACAUUAAACUCAAAGUAGUUAAUAUACAAAAUAACAAUAGCCAAAAAAUGUCAAGGUUAAAGGCCAAUUAAGCUAGUCAUCAAAAUAAAAACAAAAGACACGACACAAGAGAUAUGAUUACACGAUAAAAAAUUUAUAAGUACUCAAAAUAAAUUAGUUACGUCUUUUUCAUAAAAAAAAGGUUAAUUCAAUAAUCACCAUCUUUGAUUGCAGUUGUUCCGGGAUGGUUAUAAAUAUAUGGAUACAGUUUUGAGGCAAAUUGUAAAAUGUCUAGUUGUUUUGUUUGAUAGUCCGUGAAACCCAUAUAACGAUUCAGAUACCGUUUACGGAAUGCAGCGGCAAAUUUUAGGAACUAGUUCUAUUUUAUACCACCUGUGUCGCUACUAAUCGAAACUAAAAUAGCAUAAAAUAAUGCAAGCCUUGUUUGAAAAUAAUGUUUUAACCCAAGAAUUUAUUGAAUAAUAUUUAAUUAUAUUUACUCGUGAUAAAGAGAUUAAAUAUUUUUUGUGAAACUAUGAAAAACAACUAACAAGGAAAAGUGAAUAACCGUAGAUUAAGUGUUUAAAGUUACAUGGUACGGAAAAACUGCUAAGCUGUCCACGGAAAAUGACAUUCGACGUUUCUGAACAGAGUAAAUUGUUAUUCUUACUUUGACUGACACUUACUUCUAAAAUAACUGAUAGGUACCGUGUUAUAUAAAAUGUAUGUAACUUAAUUAUAACCUAUAUAACUAUUAAUAUUUAUAUUUAUAUACCUGUAAUGAUAAUAUUAAUAUUGUACAUAUAAACUUUUAUUCUACGUCGGUUGUUAUAAAACAUUAUUUCUAAUUCUAGCAGUCAAUAGGUGAUGUAAUAGUUCAUGUAUUAUAAAAAUUUGGAUAAGCUUUUUAACCGCAUUACAAAUCAAAUUGAGCACCCAAUUUUGUUGAUAAAAUAACUCAAUGAUUUUAAUUGUUCGACCAAGUGUUUAAUUCCAGCUGAAGUCUUAUUAACUAGGUACUAACCUAACGAGGCAGUCAAAUGUAAUAAAGUAUUAUGAACGGA